ACAUGACACCACUGAUAAAACAUAAAGGAUGAAAGGAUAGUGAAUGUGAAACCUCACCUGCUACCAUGUACGUACAAGAAACAGCUGAAGAAGAGACCAGCACCAUGGCCGCCUUCCAGCUGCUCUUCCCGCUGUUGGUCAGCUGCGUGGCGGCAUCCGUACAUCCUCUUGGCCACCUGACUGGAUGCCAAGUUGUCCAGAUGGAUGUGUUUUGCAGUGAUCUGAGCCUCAAAAGUGCCCCAGUCAACCUUCCUCAUGGCGUCCAAAUGCUGGACCUUUCUCGUAACCAGGUGCAGAAUCUCACCCAGGAAACUCUAGCUUACCACACCGGCUUCCAUCAUCUGAAUCUUCACUCUAACAAGAUCCACUUUAUCCAGCCGGGGCUCUUCAAAGACAUGACUGAUCUAAGAGUCCUGGAUCUGUCCAGGAAUCAUCUGAAUGUUUUUGCUUUCUCCAAAAUCAACAUUGGACCUCUUACAACUGUAGAGUCACUUGAUCUUUCAAACAAUGGGCUGUACACAGGGAUGUCGGACUAUUUCCUGGCUGAUUCUCCAUCGCUGGCAAACCUUUCUCUGAACAGCAACAGCAUCACCAAAAUAGCACAAAAUACCUUCAAUGGAUCCUCGUCAUUGAUUAAAAUCAACCUCCACAAUAAUGUCAUCAUGGAGAUUGAAGAUGGAGCUUUUGAAUCCUUGGAUAAACUGACUGAACUCGAUCUGUCCAAGAACUCCAUCACGUGCAUCACAAACUUCAAUCUCUUUAACCUAAAAGUGCUUAAUCUCAGCAAGAACAGCAUGGAGCUUUUCCAAAGCACAACAUCAGGAGAUUUGUGUAAACUCCGCUCUCUUGAUCUAAGUGAAAACAAAAUGCCUUACUUCCCCCUUCUCCCUAGAAAAAACAUGCUUGAAUACCUGGACAUUUCACGAAACCAACUUCAAAGCAUCAAUGUCACAGGAAGUCCUGAAAAAAAGACACAAGUUUAUUUUUUUCACCUGAAAUAUUUGGACAUGAGUUACAACCAACUCAAAAGUCUAGCAGAGUCAUUUUUUCACUGUAUGGGAUCACUCGAGGUCCUGAAUGUGAGUAAUAACUGUAUCAGCUCGUUCUCUAUCAACAACCAAAACCUUCUACAGACAGUGAAGAUUAUCAAUCUCAGCUUUAAUUCGCUGCAGAGUCUGACAUUUGGGGAAAACACUCUACAAUCAUUGGAAAAGCUCUUCUUACAUGGAAAUGACCUCACCACCCUGGACAAUCAAGUAUUUCAAAGACCUCCAAGCCUCAAAUACCUGCAGCUCCAGCAGAAUAACCUGGUUAUCUGUUCCUCGGACCGAAACCACCAGGAACCUCCAGGUUGUGUCUCAUUUUCUUCAAUACCAAACUUGCAGUUCCUGUACCUGUCUGAAAACAAUCUGAAGAGUCUGCCUGCGAAUGCGUUUGCCAACAGCCCUCUGAAGUUACUGGACUUGUCCCUGAACCCAGGCUUAGACAUGGACAAAGACUCCCUCUCUGGUCUUGAGCAUUCCCUGGUCCACCUCCUCUUGAGGGAAAACAAUAUUUCCAGUCUAAACACAGACCUGUCGUUGCUGAGCAGUCUCAAACACAUAGACCUGUCCACCAACCAGUUGACCGCUCUACCUAUGUGGAACAAAGACUCCUCCAUAGAGUCACUGAACCUGCACAACAACAACCUGGUCACCCUGGAGUACAGCACUAUGCUCGCUCUGGAGCACUCACUAAAGACCCUCUACAUGGGCUCCAACCCACUGAGCUGCUGCAGCAACCUUGACUUCCUCCACAUGGUCCAGCACUCGGCCGUGGUCGUUCCCGACAUCGAGACUGUGACCUGCAUUCACGAGGAGUAUUCAGAACCGGUCAACAUCGAGAAGGUGACCCAGAAAAUGUGUCAUAGAUCAGGCGGCCAGAACUAUAUUAUUGCAUUUGUAGUGGUAGUGUUAGUUGUGAUGAUUGUGCUGGGCCUGCUGGUUAAAUGUUGCCAACUGAGGAAAAAAAAGCACAUCCAAAGCUUUAGCGCUUAAUGUAAAAUCAUGAAGGAAUUUAUGAGACUUGGAUGGUGUUUCUAACCAGAAACAGUAGAAACACAUGAAUGUAGUGUCUGUGAUGUCACCCAACGUCUUAUGAAGGGACUAUUUAAUGCCUUGAGUUGGGUUUACUACUAUCAUCUUUGCCACUAGAGUGAAGAAAUCUAAAUUUGAGAUGGGACACGCAAUAAGCAACCACAAUGGCUGGGCGAGCUGUCAAUA